AGGCGCCACAAAUAAAAAGCGCGCGUCGAGAGAGCUAUUAGUCAAACAUCAGACACCACGACUCAUCUCCUACAGGAAAACCUGGUCAGCAUGGGCGAGCAAAGGCACCCCGUCAAUAUUCAGCUUGUUGGAGUGAUGCAGAAAGAAGUAUCUAAAUUGUACAUGACCACUGUACUCUGGUCAGAUCAAAAUGAGAUUACAGUGUACAGAUCGCUUGAAGACUUCAAGGCGCUGCAUAGACAACUCAAGAAGAAAUUCCCCCCUUCCAACCCCAUUAGAAGGUCAGGAAGGAUUGUUCCCAAAUUUAAAGCUGCAAGAGUGCAGAAGAACAGGCAGAAGUGGAGUCCCAGUAAGUCUGUGCUCAGACUGAAGGCUCUGGAAGAAUACUGCGGUGAACUGCUGAAGAGCGAUCCUCGUAUCUGCCAGAGCUCAGAGCUCAUCCAGUUCCUGCUUCCCAAAUCCCAGGACCUCGAUUCUGACUUAGCAAAAAACAGUAUCGUGAUCAUGCCAUCAGAAACCUCUCUGAGCAGCGGUACUGUUGGAAUGAACAAUGUUACUCAACCCUUUGUUACUGAAACAUACCGAUGCAUAGCUACUUAUGAGACCAAGGACACCAAGAAUCAGUCCUUCAAGGUCGAGAUGGAUGAGAUUGUGGAUGUGCUCAUUAAAGACCAAAAAGGAUGGUGGUUGGUGGAAAAUGAAGCCAAACAUCUUGCUUGGUUUCCCGCUCCGUAUCUGCAGAGAGUUGAUAUGGAUGACGAUGGUCCUGAUGAGAUGCAUGGUGGAAGUGUUUUCUGUGUUGCCGCCAAAAGUUACAAAGCCAUGAACAGUGAUGAACUUUCAGUGGAGAUCGGGUCUGUGGUGGAGGUCUUACAGAAGUCUGACAACGGCUGGUGGAUAGUGAGGUACAAUCGAAAGGCGGGGUUCGUGCCAUCUAUGUACCUGCAACCAUACAAUAACCCAAGAAUGCACCUGAUGCCUCCUAAGAGGGAGUUAACUAGUUCCACUCUUGACUUGGCACAGUUUCAUAGUACCGGAGAAGGUUUCCUGCAGGUCUUCAGACGUAAGCUUAGCAGAUCCCAGGACAACCUGAGACUUCCAGGAAACACCUGGGGCCCUAAAGAUAAGCAGUUGUCGCGAUCUUCAAGUAGACUGCCGGAUGCUCACACAGCACGGCUGACUCCACCAUCAGUACGAGUGGAGUUUGUCAAGAACGGCCAGCAAAGCAGUCUGAGCGACAACAGUGAAGAGUUCAGCGAUGAUAGCAGCUUCUCUGGCAGCGAUUCGCUAAACCGCUCUUACACGGACGAGCACUUGCGUCGGAGUCUCACUCCUAUGCCCGAAUCCUCUGGCAGCCUGAGCCCUGAGAGCGCAGGACAAGGCAAGAUGAUCAGCAGCAGAUCAGACCCCAGUCUCAACAAGAUGCCCUCCACCCCCAAGAUACCACCCAGACCACAAGCACAGGAGAUACUCAAACGUUGCACCACUGUCACACGCAAAAACCUACAGAGAACCAGUUAGGCAGAAGUCUUAAGCACUUCAGGUUACAUGUUUGAUGAGAGUAUCCUAGAGUUCAGGUUAAUGUCCAUUGCCGCAACUCUAGCUUGAUGCUAAUGUGAUUAUCUGAUGGACAAAUUAUGCAGAGAUUCUUGCUACAAAUUAAUACUUCUAGAACUAUGUUUAGCUCUCACUCUUGGAACAGAAUUAUGUAUGUUACAAAAUCAUAGGUCUACAAGUUUCUAGAGAAGCUGCUCUUCAAAUCUGAUAAAUGUAGAUUCUCUCUUAUUGAAGACACUGUCUAGAAAUCAUUUACACUCUUCUAGAGAAUGUUUGCAAAGUAUUUUCAAGAUCUGUAUCUUUCUUAGUUUUCUCUCUUUUUCCAUAGUGGAAAAUAUCACUUGUGCCUUAUAUGCAUUGUAUAUCCAGACAUAUAUUACACAUGAAUACCGUAUACUUUUCAGAGUUUACAACUUGUAUAUUUUUCCUCAUGUGGAUUGCCUGUAAACAUAAAAUAAAAUAUUUAACCCCAAAA